AUGAGCUCUGCACUGAGCGGGCGCAGGAAGCGCCCCCGCCCCGUCGCCUCCAUCUUCCCGGGCAGCGGGACCUCGCCGCGCGGCCGCGAAGGGGAGCGGCGGGGCAGCGGCUUCGAGGGCGCCUGCCAGAACCAGCGGGCCCUGGACGACUGCAAGACGCUUGUCCAGGAUUUCAAUACCCAGGUGGCCCUGUACCGGGAGCUGGUGAUUUCCAUUGGUGAUGUCUCUGUCACCUGCCCAUCUCUGCAUGCAGAAAUGCACAAAACCCGGACCCAAGGAUGUGAGAUGGCCUAUCAGGCUCACCAGAAGCUAGCGGCAAUUUCUGGGUAGGAGCCUAUUCAUGUUAAAGU